CAAAGAUUCACAAGCGAACCAUCAAUUUCUUUCUAGCUCGUUUAUCCACCCAUCAAACUUCCAACAUAGGCAUUUUAUUCGACAACACUAGCAGAGGCUGUUUUAGCAGCAGCAAUGGCGUUCGUACCGAUCUGCGUGCAGUGCGGGACGAGGAGCAACCCGUGCCGUUGUAAGGUGGUCGGCCCGACGCUGGGAUUCGUGGCGUUCGUCGUGGCCGGGGUGGUGGAGUGGCCGCUGGGCGCUGCCGUGUACCUUUUCCGCCACCGCAAGGGCCGGCGCAUCAUGGGUCACCCGGCCAGGGUCGUCUACCCUCGCGUCACCGGCGCAAUCCCCAUCUAAUCGACCGCAGCAUCUUCGGUAGUCAUCUGACAUGCGGUACCGCGGUUGGCUUGUCAGGCUGUGUCAUGUAAUCUUUUUUCUUUUUUUUGAGGGGAGGGUGUGUCAUGUAAUCUGAGAGGUUCGUCUCUCGCACAGUCGCACUCUCAGCGUGUGUUUAAUAAAGCGAGGUUUUUGUUGUAGUGCUUGCAAGGCUUCGUCGUGGCUGUAUGUAUAUUUGUCGUCGAUGCACACCGAGUGCUGUGUAAUACGGAGUAGCAUCGAUUAACUUGG